GUUAAAUCGAAGCGCACACGGUAUUGGAAAACUUUCUGCUAUUUUGAAACGAUAUGUGAGUGACGUUGAAUUGAAUGCUGAAUCUGUCAAUGCUCAAGAAAUUCUGCAUCAGAUGUCAUCUUCUAGUUAGAUGUUUCAUUAAAUUAUUCCGGUAUUUAUGUUGAUUGCUUGUAAAAGAAUUUUUAACCUGAAAUCAAGACAUUUUUCUAGUCGUAACUUCAAUGAAAUAAAAUAUAUCAUGGGCACUCGAGUUGAAAAUAAUGACCUAGUUGAUAUUCAGAAUUCUAACUCCUCUACUCUUAAUAGUUAUGCAGCAGUAUUAUCAAAAGGCAGACCAGUGUCAGACAACAAUUUCAAUACUGAACCGAAUGUUCCAAAUGAAAUUGUAGAUACUGUUGGGGCACAGGAACUUGAUUCUUCUGAGCAAUCUCAAAGUAGCAGUUUUGAAGAGAGCCCACCUAGUGACAAUUCUGUGUAUGUUAUGGAUAAAAAUGGUUUGAAGACGUCUUCUGCCGAUGAUUCUUCUGCAUCCAUAGCAACUAUGAAUACUUCUGAAUGCAAAUCUGAUUCUCAACAUAGUGUGAAAGUUCAACUCCCUGAUGGGUUCAGUGGCAGUGAAAGUGAAGAAGAAUCAGACUUAGAAGAUGAAACAGAUGAACUGGGACAACCUGAAUUAUAUCCAUCGGCUAUAAAAUGGCAAUUUCGCUCUAAAAUCUCGGAGCAAGAUCUACCAGAAACUGUCACAGUUUUAACCACAAAUGAAGGUUCAAAGGUUUAUGUGGUUGGAACUGCCCACUUUAGUACAGAGAGUCAAGAAGAUGUUUCAAGAACCAUUCGAGCUGUCCAACCAGAUGUUGUAAUGAUAGAAUUGUGUAAAAGCAGGGUUAAUAUUUUGACUUUAGAUGAGGAAACUAUACUGGAAGAGACUAAAAAUAUCAAUUUUCAGAAAAUUAGAGCUGCAAUAGAGCAGAAUGGAAUGCUUCAGAGUGUUGUGCAUCUCCUUUUAUUAAGCAUGUCAGCUUAUUUAACAAGACAGCUAGGAAUGGCACCUGGUGGUGAAUUUAGAAGAGCUUUUACAGAAGCAAAACAAAUACCUGGUUGUUUAGUUCAUUUGGGAGAUCGUCCUAUUCAUAUCACUUUACAAAGAGCUUUAGCAACUUUAAAUUGGUGGCAAAAGUUGCGGAUUGCUUGGCAUAUACUUAGAUCUAAAGAUCCAAUAAGUAAGGAGGAAAUAGAGCGGUGUAAGCAAAAAGAUUUGCUGGAAGAAAUGCUGGCUGAAAUGACUGGAGAAUUUCCCGAACUCAGCCGUGUUUUUGUAAAGGAACGUGAUAUUUAUCUUGCAUACUCAUUACAGAUGUCUGCAACACCAGUGCCAUCUCCACAUUCUCCUGAUGUUUGUGUUCCUUCUUAUGUUGUUGGCGUUGUCGGAAUUGGUCAUGUUCCUGGCAUUAUAGAACAUUGGGGAAAAGUUACUGAAAAAGAUGUAGCUGCUAUUCUAAGGAUUCCAGAACCAUCAUUAUAUAGCAGGGUUCUUAAGAAAACAGUCCGCUACUCUCUUUAUGGGCUGGGUGUUUAUGGCAUAUAUAAACUUUUCCCUAGAUCAUUGCUUCCUCAAAGCAUGUUAGAUUACUCUUUUGUUAAGUCAUUGCCUUUUUUUAAAAAAUGAACUUUUCUUUAAAGGGGGAGGUGACAAUACUGUUGUAUGUAAGCAUAUUUUUAUAUAUAUAUAUUUAUGUAAGUAAUAGUAUUUUUCUGUUGCUUGUUGUUAACUUUUUACAUUUUGAAAAAAUCAUUAAUGUUCAAUAGAAAUAAAUAUAAUCUAGAUGUACAUUUUAUUUAAUGCUGCUGCUAUCAAUGCAAACUGAGUUUAUUUAUUUUAUUCAUAAUUUGAACCAUGCC